ACCUCUAUAUACAAAAAAGUAAUAGGUUCUCUCACUAAAGCCACAAAAAUAAUGUGACUGAAGACUUUUAAAUAUAGGCUAGAGUGCCAUGCCAGUUUAAACCCUGGUGUUAGUGGUUUGGUUGUUGACUCUGAUACAUUUCACCCAUGAACCCGUGGAACUGUUACUCAGGAUAGAGGUCGGACCGGGACUAGAACAUACAGAGUCUUGUUACACCUGCUCAUAUCAAACAACCUCAAGCCUGCGAUCCUUGUCUUUGCCAUUAAUCUUUAAUGAGCCAGUCACUGGUUUUGGCCUGCUUUCAUAUGGGCAUGACGAAAUCGGAAAGGGUUUGGAAAAGAGGCAGAGCAUCUUCUCUCACUGUCUACGGGGGAACCGAUCAGAAGGCUGGAAUACCACCUGUCAGCAUGACUUGAUGAUACAAUAAUCUGGAGAGGCCAGGUUCUGUCCCCAUCAUCUGUCUGGAAGUUUAAUUCCUGAGCUGUGUAAAUGAUCGUACCUGGAGACCAUCAGAUCCGUGCACAACCUUUAUCGAGUCCCUCCUCUUCCUCCUGUGCCUGAUAUUCUCCAGUUCAGCAUCUCUCCUCCUCCUCCUCUCCGGCGCACCUGACCCAGCCCCGGCAAACCAUCUCAGUCCUGUGAAGGAGAGGAUGUGCAUCAGUACAUAGUGGAUAUCCUGCUUUUUCCUUCUGCGAAAGCAGAGUGAGACACAACACUGUUUGAGGAACAAGAGAUCUGGGAAAGGAGGAGAGAUGCCACUGGGGGGGUUUGCGGGUCUAAAGGAGAAGGUGCUCAAGCCAGGGAAGGAGGAGUUGAAGAACAAUGUUGGUGACUCUCUGGGGAACCUACAGAAGAAAAUUGAUGGCACUAAUGUGGCUGAGGAGGACAACAUUGAGCUCACAGAAGAUGGUCGGCCAGUGGCAGCCCCUAAACGCAACCCACCCCUGUUGGAUUGUGGGUGCUUUGGCCUUCCCAAACGUUACAUCAUUGCCAUCCUCAGUGGACUCGGCUUCUGCAUCUCAUUUGGCAUCCGUUGCAACCUGGGUGUGGCCAUUGUAGAAAUGGUCAACAAUAACACCGUCUACAUCAACGGGACUGCCGUCAUGCAGCCAGCUGAGUUUAAUUGGGAUCCAGAGACAGUGGGUUUGAUACAUGGAUCUUUCUUCUGGGGCUACAUUGUCACUCAAAUCCCCGGAGGAUUCAUCUCCAACAAACUAGCCGCUAACAGGGUCUUUGGGGCAGCCAUUUUCUUGACCUCACUGUUAAACAUGUUUAUUCCAUCAGCUGCUCGGGUUCAUUACGGCUGUGUCUUGUUUGUUCGAAUCUUACAAGGACUAGUCGAGGGUGUCACAUAUCCAGCUUGCCAUGGGAUGUGGAGCAGAUGGGCUCCUCCGCUGGAAAGAAGCCGUCUGGCUACUACCUCUUUCUGUGGAUCUUAUGCAGGGGCUGUGAUAGCCAUGCCAUUGGCUGGAAUAUUAGUGCAAUAUGUUGGCUGGCCCUCUGUCUUCUAUAUAUAUGGUGUUUUUGGCAUUAUAUGGUACACAUUCUGGCUCCUGCUCGCUUAUGACAGCCCGGCCAUACACCCUACGAUCAGCGAGGAAGAAAGGACGUACAUAGAGACAUCUAUUGGAGAGGGAGUCAAUUUGAUGAGUGCUACUGAGAAAUUCAAAACUCCUUGGCGUGAAUUCUUUACAUCUAUGCCCGUCUAUGCUAUUAUUGUGGCAAACUUCUGCCGCAGCUGGACCUUCUACCUCCUGCUCAUAAGUCAGCCGGCUUAUUUUGAAGAGGUCUUCGGGUUUCCCAUCAGCAAGGUGGGCAUUUUGUCAGCCGUACCUCACAUGGUGAUGACGAUUGUUGUGCCGAUAGGAGGCCAGCUGGCUGAUUUCCUGAGGAGUCGGAAAAUCCUCUCUACCACAACUGUGCGCAAAAUCAUGAACUGUGGAGGUUUUGGCAUGGAGGCCACACUGUUGUUGGUGGUGGGGUUCUCGCACACACGUGCAGUGGCUAUUACGUUUCUUAUCCUGGCUGUGGGCUUCAGUGGAUUUGCGAUAUCAGGUUUUAAUGUAAAUCAUCUGGACAUCGCUCCUCGCUAUGCCAGUAUUCUCAUGGGCAUCUCUAAUGGAGUAGGCACCCUGUCUGGUAUGGUUUGCCCCCUAAUCGUUGGAGCACUCACCAAACACAAGACUCGUCUUGAGUGGCAGAAUGUCUUUGUGAUCGCAUCCAUGGUGCAUUACACCGGUGUGAUCUUCUAUGCCAUCUUCGCCUCCGGUGAGAAGCAGGAGUGGGCCGAUCCCGAAAGCACCAGUGAUGAGAAAUGUGGAAUUAUUGGUGAAGAUGAGCUGGCUGAUGAAACAGAGCCCAACAGUGAUAGUUCCUUGGCAAUCAAGAAGAAGUCCUACGGCACCACAGACAAUUCCUCAGGGCGUAGACAGGGCUGGAAGAAGAAGAGAGGGGUUACCAUGCAAGACGAUGAAGAUCAUGAAUCGAAUCAUUAUGAAAAUGGGCAGUAUCAAAACUAAUAUCAAUGACAUUUUGUCAGCAAACGCCCAGGACUGCCCUUUCAUACAAAUAGUGAUGCGGUUUUGAAGUGUUUAAUUAACUGCGGUCACCCCACCACUGGACUUCAGUACAACAUUUGACAUUUAACAUAAUAUAAUAUGUUUUAGGAGAAACAUUUGGAAUGGCGUCCUUUCAUGUCACCCUGUUAAUGGAACAGAUGCAUGAGAACUGUCAAUGGUUUGUUAGUUAUUUAAAAUGGAGAUUUUUAGCCUUAAACAAAUGAAGAGCUCGGAUGCAAAAUCCUCUAAGUGUGUCGGACAUGUUUUCCUAUAAAUGAGCCUAGGCUCUUAUGAUUAGGUUCAGUAAUUUCACUUUAAUGGCAAUCAAGUACGCGCCAAAAUAUCUAUUUCGAAAAACGUAUUUCUGAAUAAAGGUAAAAAGCUAAAAAAAAAAUCAGUCAAUAUUUUAAUAUAUUUGGUAAACAUCCAUUAACUGGGUAAAACAAUCUUGCAACUUGAUGUACCUGCGCCUACGUUCAUUCAAUUUUUCUUCUGUGCAUUUAGAGGACUUUGCUGAAAAAUCGUUAUGGUGUUUAACAGAUUCUGCCAACAAACUGGUAUUUCUGAAUGGCCAGAGACCGGGAUUAAAAGUGAAACUAUUUGAUGAACGUGUAAUAUGUGCCGAAAGCAUUCAGUCAAUACCAUAAUCUCAUUUUUGACAAAGGUGACAUUAAGUGGCUUUUGCAUCUGAGCUUUUAAAAUAUAAUAAAGGACGUUUCAGCUAGUGGCUACAUACAGUGGCCCCAAAAAGUAUUGAAAUGGCAUCUGCAAGCAAGUUACUUUAGACCUUUUCUUCAUUCAUUUUCACAGAGUUUUUGUGACCCUGUAUAUGAAAUCCAGACUAAAGUCUCAUAAUUAAAUUUUCAGUUUAGGGACAUCAAAGUUUGAUUAUAAUCUAUUUCAAUCUUUUAUAUUGCCCUACUCAGUCAAUAUUAAAGAUAUAAAGGUUAUAUUUUUACAGAAUGAUUGAUUUUAUGUUUUUUUUUUUUGAUGGGUUUUCACAGACAGGGUCACAUUUAACCAACUUGUGGCAGUUUUAG